UUGCCUUCCCCCAUUCCCAAAUCACCAAAGAUAGAGGUUUUCGUUGGAGAAGAAGCAAUGCCGAGCCGAUUCGCAGGAAGCAUAGCCCAAGACUGGGAGCCCGUGGUGCUGAGCAAGCGCAAGCCGAAGAGCGGUGAUCUCAAGAAUCCCAAAGCCGUGAACCAGGCGCUGCGCACCGGGGCGAUAGUGGAGACGGUGAAGAAGCACGAUGCCGGAUCGAACAAGAAGGCGGGGACGGUGGUGUACGCGAGGAAGCUGGAUGAGCAGACGGAGCCGGAGGGGUUCGAGAAGGUGGGGUUGGAAGUGAGGAGUGCGAUCCAGAAGGCGAGGUUGGGGAAGAAGAUGAGCCAGGUGGAGCUGGGGAAGCUGAUCAAUGAGAGGGCAGAGGUGGUGCAGGAGUAUGAGAGUGGGAAGGCGGUGCCGAAUCAGGCCGUGCUUGCGAAGAUGGAGAGAGUGCUUGGGGUGAAGCUCAGGGGAAAGAUCAAGUGAGAAACGAUGUUGUGAGUUGUUGAUGUUUUGGUAAAUGGUUGAUGAAUAGUGUGAGGUUUUGUGGCUUUUUUUGUAGAUAAAUCACUGCUUUUUUUUGGCUUGGGAAUUGCUUGCCCACCUUCAUUUUAAAAGGAAAUGGCCUCUCUUGUUUUGAUUA